AUGAAAUAUGCUAAUAUGCUAAGAACGAGCCUAAUUUGUAAUAAGGCAUUAAACAUACAUGGAGGAAAAAUACAAUCAAUAGCAUUUCGAAAGUGUUACACAAAUUUUUUGGAUGGAAAUAAAUCAGUUCUCAAUGUAACAAAACGACGUUUAUUUAGUAGCCAAUCAGCACAAGAUAAAGCAUACAGUGAAAAUAGUGGUGAUGGAAAUAGUAGUAAUGAACAAUGUAAGGAAAAUAUGGAAAUGGAUAGUAAAAAUUCAGAGUGUAAUGAUAAUAAAAAAAAUAUGAACAAGUCAGAAAAUUCUGAACAAUCAGAAGAAAAAAAUAAUAAAGAAAUAAAUUAUGAAAGUUAUAAUAAAAUAGAUCUUAUUAAUGAAAUUAAAAAAACGAAAAAAGAUAUGGAUGAAAAAUUAGUAGAUAAUCAAGUUUUAAAAGAAAAAUAUUUAUCUGUAUUAGCAGAAAAAGAAAAUUUAAGAACUAGAUAUAUGAAAGAGAUUGAAAAUAGUAAAUUAUAUUGUAUAAGUAAUUUUGCAAAAUCAUUACUUGAUGUUGCUGAUAAUUUAUCAUUAGCAAUUAAAAACAUAAGUGAGGAAUCCUUAAAAUCAAAUGAAGAAAUUAAUAAUAUAUAUAAAGGAAUAGAAAUGACAGAAACUAUUCUUCAUAAUAUUUUUAGUAAAUAUGGGAUAGACAAAUAUAACCCGAUUAAUGAAAAAUUUAAUCCUAUGCUUCAUGAAGCAAUUUUUGAAGUUAGCGACACGACUAAAGAAAAAGGGACAGUAGCAACAGUUAUACAACCAGGAUAUAAAAUAAAUGACAGAAUAUUAAGAGCUGCAAAAGUUGGAGUUGUAAAGAACUAA